AUGUCGGUUUCUGAGAUGCCUGGGACAUCAGUACUUAACGAAACCGCCCUGAACGAUACGUUCAGUGACAAACACCACGUCACUCCCAGCAUGCAGCUGGGCUCCAUGUCCAAUCCGCAGACUCGGUUCAGAGACCUGACGGGGCUGGUUGCCAUGGUAACCCUGAACGCAGUGGCCCUCUUUGCCAACACCGCCGUGCUGGUGGUGGUUAUCAGAGCCUCCCAGCUGCGUAAGUUUGUGUUCGUGUGUCACCUGUGUGCAGUUGACUUGCUCUGUGCCACCUUGCUGAUGCCCCUGGGCAUCGUUUGUGGCUCUCCGUUUUUCGCCGGCAUCAUCUUCUCCGUCCUGGAAUGCCGUCUCUACGUGUUCCUCAACGCCUUCUUGGUGUCCGCCUCCAUCUUCACCGUCACUGCCAUCAGCGUGGAACGGUACUACUACAUAGUGCACCCCAUGCGUUACGAGGCCAAGAUGACGCCGCGCUUAGCGGCGGUCGUCAUGGCGAUGGUGUGGGCGGCCUCCACCCUGCUGGGCCUGGCGACCGUUUUCGGCUGGCCCGGCUACGGCCACCUCAGCUCCAUCAGCGCCACCAACUGCUCCCUGCACUGGAGUCACAGCGGACACAGACGGGUUUUCACCAUCCUGUUCUCCGCCUCCUGCUUCUGCCUCCCGGCCACCGUCAUCCUGGCCGUCUACUGCAACGUCUACAAGGUGGCACGAGUCGCCGCCCGACAGCGAGGGCCCCUGCCCAGCUGGGCGGCCGCCGCGGCCCACCCGAAACACCGCUCGGAUUCCGUCAACAGCCAGACAACCAUCAUCACCACCAGUGUCAGGGCGAGGAGAAACGGUGCCUCUGGGAAAAGGAAGAGAAGGACUCUGGUUGGGGGUAAGGCGGCUUUGACUCUGGCUGUGAUUGUGGGCCAGUUCUUGGUUUGCUGGAUGCCCUAUUUCGCCUUUCACCUCCACCUGUCGCUGGGUUUCUCUCACGGCGGGGCGGACGAAGCCGAAGGCCCCGUCACCUGGCUGGCGUACUCGUCGUUUGCGGUGAACCCGUUUUUUUACGGGCUGCUGAACCGACAGAUCCGGGAGGAGCUUUGCAAACUGCUGUGGUGCUGCCGGUCUCCGACCCGACUCGUUCGGUCGGGUCAGUCGGGUCACGAGGGGUCGGGUCAGGAGGAUUUUUUGCAGUUUCUGCAGAGGAGCAGCUGUGUCGAGACGACACGGUCCAGCUACCACACUGCCACGCCCAGAACCACUCUGGACCAAUCAGGAUUCAGAAUACCUGGGCAGAUUCCAGAAGAGGUGACUUAG